GCGUUCCAUCUAGGCCCCGGGAGCGGGCCCCUAAGCCUUCCUUGAACUUUCCUGCUCCCCCACACAACUACUAGGGCUAAACUGCUGUGUCACCAGCAGUAAUUUACAAGAAAAUGAGGAGAAAAGGAGGGAAGGAGCAAAAUAAGAAAGAACCUUCUACUGUGAAGCUUCCGGUCACCAAGUCUACCAGACCCAACUUACUCGGAUUCUUCAAAGCACCCAAAGCACCCAGAUUUCCCAAACCCUCAUCUUCCCACCCCACCAACCAGACGAGCGCCACUGCGCCUCCUCCGCCGCUUCCUCCAGAGCCGCCUCCAGAGCCGCCUGAGCCCCCAGCGCCGCCACCACCGCCGCCCGAACUACCCGCGUCUCCUGCACCAUCCACGUCUCCCGCUCCAUCCGAGCCUCCAGCGCCAUCCGAACCGACCGCGCCACCCGAACCGCCCGCGCCACCCGAACCGCCCGCUCCUUCCAAGCCUCCUGCUUUUUUCAAGCCGCCCACUCUCUUCAAGCCGCCCGCUUUCUUCAAGCCGCCCGCUCUCUUCAAGCCGCCCGCUCUCUUCAAGCCGCCCGCUCCUUCCAGGCCUCCAGCUCCUUCCAGGCCUCCCGCUCCUUCCAGGCCUCCCGCUCCUUCCAGGCCUCCCGCUCCUUCCAGGUCUCCCGCUCCUUCCAGGUCUCCCGCUCCUUCCAGGCCUCCCGCUCCUUCCAGGCCUCCCGCUCCUUCCAGAUCUCCCGCUCCUUCCAGACCUCCCGCACCUUAUAAGCCGCCCACUCUUUACAAGUCGCCGGCUCUUUACAAACCGCCCGCUCUUUACAAGCCGCCCGCUCCUUCCAAACCGCCCGCGCCACUCGUAUCGCCCGCUCCUUCCAAGCCGCCUGCUUUUUUCAAGCCCGCCGCUCUUUUCAAGCCCUCCACUCUUUUCAAGCUUCCUGUCUCUUCUAAGCCGCCCGAGCCGCCCUCUCCCUCCAAGCCACCCGAGCAACCUGAGCUACCCGAGCCUUCGGAGAAGCCCGAGCUUCCCGAGAAGCCCGAGCCUUCUGAGAAGCCCGAAUCUUCCGAACAGCCCGAAUCUUCCGAACAGCCCGAGCCUUACAAGCAGCUCGAGCCUUACAAGCAGCCCGAGCCUUACGAACAGCCCAAGCUUUCGGAAACGAUGGUGAAACAGAUAGACAGCAAGGAAAACUUUGAGUCAGAAUUGAAAGGUGCUGGAGAGAAAUUGGUAGUAGUUGACUUCUCAGCUACAUGGUGUGGACCAUGCAAAAUGAUCAAACCUUUCUUUCAUUCACUUGUUGAAAAGUACCCAGAUGUGAUCUUCAUAGAAGUGGAUGUAGAUGACUGUCAGGAUGUUGCUGCGGAGUGUGAAGUGAAAUGCAUGCCAACAUUUCAGUUCUAUAAAAAGGGAAAAAAGGUGGGUGAAUUUUCUGGAGCCAAUAAGGAUAAGCUCGAAUCAACCAUUAAUGAAUUGAAAUAAUUGUGGAUCCUGUGAACAGUAAACAACUGUAAUCCGUCUAAAUUAUAUAGCUUAUAAUUUUUUUCUAUUUCCAAAAAAAAGAUCAAGUGUAACAAAAGUACGUAUCCAUGUAUGAUUUGACUAUAAAUGAUAAUAAAAUGUAAAUCCUACCCUUUUGAAAA